AUGACAUGUCGGGCAUGCAGUCCUUCAGCUGAUGUUUGCCCUCUUAUCCUUUUGCAGCCUAUUGGUGCUUUGAACCCAAAGAGAGCAGUGUUCUAUGCGGAACGUUAUGAGACAUGGGAAGAUGAUCAGACUCCACCUUACCAUUACAACACCCACUAUUCUACAUCUACUUCUACACUGGCUUGGCUUGUUCGUAUUGAGCCCUUUACAACAUUCUUUCUAAAUGCAAAUGAUGGCAAAUUUGACCACCCAGAUCGAACCUUCUCUUCAGUAGCCAGGUCUUGGAGAAACAGCCAAAGAGAUACCUCAGAUGUGAAGGAAUUAAUUCCAGAAUUUUACUAUCUACCAGAGAUGUUUGUCAACAGUAACGGCUAUAAUCUAGGAAUCAGAGAAGAUGAAGUUGUUGUGAAUGAUGUUGAGCUCCCACCUUGGGCCAAGAAGCCUGAGGACUUUGUCCGUAUCAACAGGAUGGCCCUGGAAAGCGAAUUUGUGUCAUGUCAACUUCAUCAGUGGAUUGACCUUAUAUUUGGCUAUAAGCAACGGGGACCAGAAGCAGUGCGCGCACUCAAUGUUUUCCACUACCUAACAUAUGAAGGCUCUGUGAACCUGGACAGUAUCACUGAUCCUGUCCUCAGGGAG